CUGCUAUAUUAGUACUGUGUUCUCUUUGCUAGAAGCAGCGCAUCACACCUGUGCUCAUAUCUGGUUUGACGAGCCGGCUGUUAGUACAACUGAUGGCCAGCGAGAGAAACCUGUUUUAUUUGAGAUAUCACUGGUUUCUCAAUGUGUCACUCCGUCCACCCGGCGACUGAGCCUUUUUAUGGUGACUGCACCGAUCAUCGUCGAUGCUCCUAGUGAGGCGACCGCCACACUGACAUCCCCAUGACAACUUGUACGAAAACGCAGCCCUGUCCUCCAACCGCAGUCCUUUCCAUUAGAAACCAUUUUCCGACAUUGAUAAGUAUGUGGAUAGUCAACCAGCGCCCCCUCCUCCUCAGCAGCGUCAUAUACGCGUCUCUGAAUGUAACAACCGCCUGAUCUCGGAAUGCUGUGAUUGGUCCCCCGUAGUUUUACCGACUCUCUGAUUGGUUCGCGACUCCAUCGUUCACACAACAAUCAGCGCCACAAUGUAUGGACAAUGUACUAAGUAUGCGCCGGAGAGAAAACGCGGAGUAUCGAUGUAUGGUUUGGUAGAAUGCAGCCGUCCCGCUUUGCAUGGAUAAAAUUGACCUGUAACCAGUUACUUAGUUAGCCUAUACCGUCGAUUCAGUAUGGUAUUGCGAAAACGACUAAAAUAGCGCCAUUUGUGUUCCUUUGGAAUCGGAAUGUAAUAUUUUGCAAGAGAAUUGUCUGGUUGGUCGAUGUGUCAGGCCUUUUCCUCGAAUUAUCUCUCCAUUUAACAUAGGAAACCACACAUAGCUAGCUUGAAAGUAUUUUUCAUCCUUGAUUGCCGCGUUCCCAUUCGCUAAUAUGAAGAGGGUGAACAGUUUUCAAAGGUUCAUGAACAGCCGCGCUGCAGCUAAUUGCCGCUACCAGCCCACCUGCUACGAGCAUGCCGCUAACUGCUACACACAUGCGCUGCUGAUCGUCCCAGCCUUUGUGGGCAUGGCUCUGCUGUACCGGCUGUCGGACAAUGGCUGGGAGAGGGUGACAGCCUGGGUGUAUGGAACGGGGCUGUGUGCCCUCUUUCUCGUCUCCACCGUCUUCCACAUCGUCUCUUGGAAGAAAAGUCACAUGAGAGCAGUGGAGCAUUGCUUUCACAUGUGUGACAGAGUGGUUAUAUACUUCUUCAUCGCUGCCUCCUACACACCAUGGUUGAAUCUUCGGGAGCUUGGUCCCCUGGCCUCUCACAUGCGGUGGUUUGUGUGGCUAAUGGCGGCUGGGGGAACAAUCUAUGUAUUCAAUUACCAUGAAAAGUAUAAAGUAGUGGAGCUUGCCUUCUAUCUGACAAUGGGUUUUUUCCCUGCGUUGGUUGUGACAUCAAUGAAUAACACUGAAGGACUUCAGGAAUUGGCCUGUGGGGGGUUGAUCUACUGUCUUGGCGUAUUUUUCUUCAAAUGCGACGGCGUCAUCCCUUUUGCUCAUGCCAUCUGGCACGUGUUUGUGGCCCUGGCCGCGGCCGUGCACUACUAUGCCAUCUGGAAAUACCUCUACAGGAGCCCCACGGCUGACGUGAUCAGGGACGCUUGAGGGCCUCCCUGUGUGACCCAGAGUCUCUCCACCAUAAUCCCCACCCACCCAAAAAGUAGGUGUUUCACCGUCUGUCUCUCUGUUUCUCUCCCUCAAAUGGCGUAAAAAUUUCACCUCGCACACUAGAGUCGCAGAUCACUGUUGUGGUGCACCAAUGGCAAAAUCGACAGCCAAAAGUUUACGAAAAAAUGACAGUGUAUUGUUUACUGUUUUCUAAGCAAGUGUGAGCUGUGUCUGAGUCUGUCUGUCUGUACACUUUUCCACACCUAAAGCAAAUACCCCUCGCUAACCCUCUUUUGUAGGGAUGCACCGAUUGUGAAAUUCUGGGACAAUACUGAUGUUUAAAAUAACAAUUUGGCCGAUGGCUGAUGCAGAUACCGAUUUUUUUUGUUUUGUUUUUGUUAUUUAUUCCCCCUCUUGCACCAGGGAAACUAGCUAGUUAACUAACUAACGUUAAGUUGCUAGCUAGCUAGCAAAUGGUACUUAAGAUCAGAAGUCAACACCUUGCCUUGCAGUAGGAAUGUUAAAAUUAACUAUUUGUACAUGAGACAUGAUGAAGCUGUAUUGGUUUGAUAGCUAAA